AAACUUUUGACAAAACAGGUUGAUUGCUUCGUUGGAUUUGCUGGAAAUUAAACCGCCUCCGUCAUUUAUAUAAGAAAAGAAAGAGAGUCUCGUCUGAGAAUCUGCAGAAAUUCGAUUUCUUCCAACUUCAAAAUGUCUUACGCUUAUCUCUUCAAGUAUAUCAUCAUCGGUGAUACUGGAGUAGGGAAAUCAUGCCUUCUGCUUCAGUUCACGGACAAGAGGUUUCAGCCGGUGCAUGAUCUCACCAUCGGUGUUGAGUUUGGGGCGAGGAUGAUCACCAUCGACAACAAGCCCCUCAAACUCCAGAUCUGGGAUACCGCUGGUCAAGAAUCAUUUAGGUCUAUUACAAGGUCCUACUAUAGAGGUGCUGCUGGGGCUUUACUUGUCUACGAUAUCACUAGGAGGGAGACGUUUAACCAUCUAGCUAGCUGGUUAGAGGAUGCAAGGCAGCAUGCAAAUGCUAAUAUGACCAUUAUGCUCAUUGGGAAUAAGUGUGAUCUUGCCCACAGAAGGGCUGUCACCACUGAGGAAGGUGAGCAGUUUGCAAAGGAGCACGGUCUUAUCUUCAUGGAGGCCUCUGCCAAGACUGCUCAGAAUGUCGAAGAGGCAUUCAUUAAGACAGCGGCAACGAUAUACAAAAAGAUUCAAGAUGGUGUGUUUGAUGUGUCGAAUGAGUCCUAUGGAAUAAAAGUUGGAUAUGGAGGAAUCCCGGGGCCAUCAGGUGGAAGAGACGGAUCCACGUCGCAAGGAGGAGGUUGCUGCGGCUAAGAUAGGGAACGGUGUCUAUAUCCUCAUGUAAAAAAUCGUCACAUAUGAUGUAAGCAAAAAAAUAAUCUACGUUUUUCAAUAGAACUUGUAAAUCGUUUUGGUGUUCGGUUUGGUGACUGUGUUGUGGUGGAUUUCGAAACUGAUUAUUCAUUUAUCUAAAAAGAUGUGUUUUACGUUA